CUCUUGACGUCAGAGGGGGAGUUCUGUGAUCAGAACUUCCUCACACUUUUGAUUUCGCCCUAAUGCCUUAUUUUAUCUCAUCACUACGGAAGCUUGGGAGGAAUGAGGUUUAGCCUCAGUCUCACAUAUCUCUUUUCAUACAACUUGCUUCAGUUCUGUGGACACACAUGGAUUUUCGCGAAUAUGACAGCCAGAUUUCUCUCUUUUGGGGAAGAUGCCCAGGCCGGCACCUUCUAUUUUGUAGGGGUUAUGAUGUGUGUUUGUCAGCUUCUGUCUUUGUUAGAACUGUUUCACAUAGCAGAUGGUUUUGAGGAGUGCAGACUUUUCCCUCGCUUUAUGCAGGUAAUGGAGAGAAAUGUCCUUCUGUUUCUCCUCAUCAGUCUGGAAGAGUUUCAGAGUAAACCAAUCGUGUGUGUGCAGUUUUAUCUGUGGAAUAUACUGGGCCUUCUAAGGUAUCCACAUGAGUUGUUUUGCCUUACAGGCACACCGUAUUUGAAAAUGCUAUGGGUGCAUCAAACGUUGUCAGUUCCAGUGUACUUGCUGUCUGCUGUCACAGAAGGAAUAAGCAUUGUACAUAUGUUGCCACACUGGUCCGAGUCUGAAGGGACGGAUUCAGUCCAACCUAAAGUACCUGCAUCGAUGUCCAUUUAUUCCCCAUAUAUGCUUAUGGCUUGGUUACUACUUCUUGUAUUAGGAUCCAGUUUAACAGCACUACUCUUGCUGAAGGAAAGGAAGGAGAUUCUGGGCAGCUGGAAUAAGAAACUGAAGGAAGACUAACACAGGGAAGAACAAGAUAUCAGUACUGGCUCAUUCACCAAAGCUAAAUAUUCUAACCAUAGGAGUAUUAUGUUGGCGGGGGAGUGCAUUCCUGAAAUUACAUUUUUAACUGGAAAAACAAAACAAAACCAAUAUCAGUUU